CUAGUGGAAUGAAGUUGUAACCUAACUAGGAGUGGUACUAAAGCGUGCAAGACUUACUGGUGCAUAUGCAACAUGAUAUCGGACAGCAGGGUGGCGUGAAGAAGAAUAAGAAGAAGAUGAAGUGCUCCAGCUUUGAUUUACAUGAUUUGAGUUUCUCACACAAGUCACAACUAUCCCAUUUUUCAGGCAAUGCAAAUUGUAAGAAAAUCCAAGAAUGCAGUUCCUGUGAAAACAUUCUUUAUAAUCCAUGGAUCUUUCAUCACAGAACAAGCACUCAACAAAAACAAAACAAAAAUGCAGGUGGUGGUCGAGAUUAUGACAGGAACAAUCUUUCAUGUCCAAGUAGGCGACAAUGCAACAGUGCUAGAUUUGAAGAUAGCAAUACAGAAUCAAGAAAACCUUCCCGGUGAUCGCCUCAUCCUUUUGCUCGACAAGGAUGGUGAUCAUAUGAUGAUGAAUGAAGAUCAAAAAUCCCUUAGUGAAUACGGGGUCCAAGAUGGCUCUCGCCUCUACGGGUUUUUUAAGCUCCCUCAGGAAGAAAAUGAUGACGAUGCUGAUACCGGUGAUGACAAGGUCAUGGAUAAAGAUAGGACUGAGAGUGAUAGUGAGGAAAUGAAAAAUGACAACGCUGGUAAUAACAGUGGCAGCUCCACUCCUAAAACUCCAUAUGAAGAGGAUUCUGUUCAAUCACCUGAGUAUGUUUCAGACUCAGAUUAGCUUGAAUUAGCUAUAUGAAUGAAUCACUGUAGUAUCCAUUCUGCUUUAUCCAGUCUUAUUCCUGUUAGCUACUAAAUUAUUAAGUGUUGUAUUGCAGUCACAAUGAUUUCCUAAAAUUUGAAGUAUCAUCCUUCUUACAUCUAGCUUCUUCUUUCUUAUGAUAAUCUAGAAAUAUGUAUUAGGUAU